AUGCCCUUCCCCCCUUCAGCGCCCAUCGGGCAGCAGCCGCUCUCCAUCCCGGGUUCUUCCACCAGCCAUCAAGCCUUUGGAUUCAACCCCAGCGGCAACUCGUUUCCUAGACAAGGCAACUUUGCUAUCCAAGAGCAACCGCAAGCCCACAUGGGCGGCCGAUGGGACCCAACGGGCCAAGCGUCUGGCGCGAGUGGGAGCGGGAUGGCACACGCAAGCCAGAGGACCAGCGGACUGAGCAAUCUGAUGAGAUCGAGAGGGAGCGAGAUGGAGAUGAACUCUUCACCGCCAGGCGGGGGAUCAUUGUCAUCCAACCCGCAUGCGGGAUUCCAUCCCUCGUCGUACGGCCCCAAUAUUGCCUUCACGGCCUUUGCUCUAGGGUCGUCGGCUCAAGGUGCAGGCGGAGGCUCAUACCUCGGCUCAAGUACUUUGGGCAUGAGCAUAUCGCCACCGCAUUGGGGGUCAUUGGGAUCCGGCAGUUUUGUAGGUAGUCUGGGAAAUCCUGUCCUGAGCACAAGUUUCAACCGAGAACGAGAAGGGCGGGAGAGAGAAUUGGAAGCCAGAUAUGUCAAAGACUUUGAUUGCUGCGGCAAAAAGCUGAAUGGUCUGCAUGAGCUUCUGGAACACUAUGAAGAAGAACAUGCCGGUCUGGCCCCCGAUGUUCGCGUAGCCGCCAUCAACGCUGCUCAAGGCGGCUCCACAAGCUCCCCCAGGGCUGUCUCCAAUCCCUUUUCCUCUGCCCCCUCCGUCCCACCAUCCCACCCUCCUCCACUAGUUACGCAUCAGAGCCACAGCGAUGCCCCUCAGCCUCCAGGGAUGAUGGACAUAGAAAUGGAAGAACCUGCGCCAUAUCAACAACCGCAGGCUCUCGAUCUGGCACAGAUACAGGCGCAACAGAACCAGUUUGGGGUGCGGUCACCUGGGUUGGGAGGGCAAAAUACAAACCCAUGGGCGGCUGCAUUCCGGCCGCAGGUGUUGUCCUCGCAGCCGCAGUGUGUCCCGCCUAGUCUACUGUCAUAUGCGCCCCCAAGCACACCGGGGUUGACGCCUGGCGCAUCCGCUAUGCCUGUCCCCUCGGCCGCUCCCAGCCCUGUCCCCAUGACGCCUGAACAGCAGGCUGCCAGGGCAGAGAGGAAGGCGAACAAAAAGAGGGCGGAGAGAGCAGCCGCCCGAGGAGACGAGGGUUCUGCCAGCGAAACCGAAGGCACGGCAACUGCAGGAGAGAAGAGGUUCCCAUGUCCCAUCGAAGGGUGUGGCAAGGUAUACAAACAAGCCAAUGGGCUAAAGUAUCACCUGACACGAUCAAUCAAUUCUAGCCAUGGUACCAUACCACCCCAGAAUCUGGCGGCUUUAUUGGGAGAGAAGGGUGGAGAGGUGGAAGUUUAG